AUGGCCAACAAAAACGCCAAGCACCUCUACAAGGCUAUUCCCGAGUGUGUUUCGGGAUGUUUCGAUAUCAGCAUCGCCGCUACUGGCUGCGGUGACAGCGACUACGACUGCUGGUGCUAUAAACCCAAUCAUCAGACUGUCGUCGAUACACUGGAACAAUGCCUACAGAACAGGGAAAGAAGAACAAAAAAGAAGUGUACCGAGGAUGAUAUGUUUGAAUAUGAGAAUAGCUACUGGAAGAUUUGCGAACAAUACUGGGAACCAUAUGGAACUGCCACCGAACCUACAUCAUUCCCAACCUCGCCGGCUACCAAGACUUCGAUCACAUCAACAGCAUCCGCCGAGGCCGCAACAACUUCACCACCCGAACCGGAAACUACGUCGGUUGGAGAAUCAUCAUGGACCACCGCCAUAGCAACCCAACCUGGCGAUUCCGAGGCAGCAGAAGCAUCUGGUAACCCAGAACCAGUCGCUCCCUCUAGCGGCUUGUCGAGCGGAGGAAAGGCCGGUGUAGGCGUUGGUGUUGCUCUUGGAGUUAUUCUCCUCGGCGUAGCCAUCUUCCUCUGGCUGCGUGAGAGACGUAAGCGACGCAAUGUUGAAGAGCAGCUCAGAGUCGCCGAAGUCGAAAAGGCCAAUGCCAUUCAAGCAGGCGGUUAUAGUCAACAUUUUAUGUAUGAGAUGGAGGGCGACCGACCCCACGCCGAGGAACUGCGCGGAAGUAUGAGAACGCCAGAGCUAGGCGCGGAAGGUCGUAGGUCGACCAGCGUGACAGAUGUUGCCCCUCUCCUUGACGAGGUUUAG